CAACAUAACAUAAACCCUUGUUUUCAAAAAGGGGAAACAGACAGCCAAAAUCCUAAAACCUUAAACUCGGUUCCUUCGUGAAUCUUCCUGAUGUCUCAGAACACUACAACAAGAAUGCGUGAGCGUAUUCCAGACGACGUCGUGGAAGACAUCCUAGAUCAUCUCCCAGUGAAAUCCUUAACCCGAUUCAGGUGCGUUUCUAAAUCAUGUGACUCCAUCAUCACUGACCCCACUUUCAUUACCAAACACUUGAAGCUCAACCUUAAGCAAUCCGAAUCAUUGAAAUCCACAAAAACUCAUAGUGGGUAUUUGCUAUAUACUACAAAGGAUAAGAAUAGUUCAUCAUCUUCCAAAUAUUUAUGUACGGCUGUUUGCAACAACGACCGCACAUUGACCCAGGUUUCUAGGUUUGAAAUCCCCUCUUUUUUUGACGAAUGCAAAAUAGUUGCUUGCUGUAAUGGCUUGUUCUGCAUGGCUGACUAUGGUCUUAGUCACAUUAUAUAUCUGUGGAACCCAAGUAUUAGAAUGUUUAAGAAGCUUCUAGCUACUCCCACUCCUGACGAGGUCGCCAGUUCCGCUUUUGGACUUGCUUAUAAUUCUCAAAAUAAUGACUUCAAGAUUCUUAGACUUAUGUCUGUUUUUUACUUAGAAGAGGCCAAAGCCGAGAUUUACAGUUUGAGUACAGAUUCGUGGAGAAAGGUUGUAAUAACGAUGGAGUCCUUAAGAGGGUAUGAACCCGACUUUGGACCUAUUUAUAUUUAUAUUUAUCCACCCUGUAUAUUUUUUAAUGGAGCUUUGCACUCUGUAGCAGCCAGUAAUCGCCACCAUUUCGUUCUGUCCUUUAACGUCAAUGAUGAGAGCUUCCAUGAGAUAAUGCCGCCUCCUCAUUUAUCGUUUGGUGUGCCUGGAUGUUUCAAUGAACUUGCAUUGUUCAAGGGAUCCCUGGCUGUUUUUGCUUACGGAAAUAAUCAUCAGGGUGUCUUAUGCCACAUAUGGGUUAUGGAGGAGUAUGGUGUGGCUGAAUCUUGGACUGAAAAAUAUAGGGUACAAAUGGAUUGGUUUUGGGAUGGUCAUUUCAUUGGCUUUGCUGAUAAUGGUGAACUUUUGAUUAAGAAUGCCUUUGGGCUGGUUUCAAUUGACCUUGAGAGUCAAAAUCAGAACAUUCUUGCAAUUGAAGGUGCUGAUUGGGUGGGUUCCACAACUAAUUUGAUGGAGAGCUUGAUUUUACUCGAUGGUGAGUAGAGCAAGGCAGAUGGUUUUAAGCACCUGCAAAGCAGAAUAAAUCUUGUUGAUGCAGCAGGGCAGCGUUUAAAGCAAACUGGUAAUAUUAGUAGAUCACUUUCACGCCUGGGUAUGAUCAAACAUAUCUUCUAUCUUGUUUGGUUUAGCUUACCAAUUGGUCAAUAUUGCUGUAUGUACAAACCCGUCAAAAAUAUAUAUGAUCAAUUAGGUAUAAUUUGGCAUGGCA